AACGCCAUUAUCCUGCUGCUAGCAGCACAGACAUGCUGACUCACAUUCACUGACAGGCUUAAAUAAAUUAUAGCGAUUAUUGACGAUAAAAACUAACAAAACGUGAAGUUCACCUGAGGUCACGAGGACAGAAACAUGUCUCGCGGGUCUAACGCAGGUUUCGACCGACACAUCACCAUCUUUUCCCCGGAGGGCCGCCUCUACCAAGUCGAGUACGCCUUCAAAGCCGUCUCCCAGAGUGGGCUGACGUCCUUGGGCAUCCGGGGGAAUGACAGCGUGGUGGUGGUCACACAGAAGAAAAUACCUGACAAGCUGCUGGACUCUUCUACUGUCACCAACAUGUUCAAACUAACGCCUCGCAUAGGAUGUGUGAUGACUGGGCAAGCUGCGGACAGUCGCUCUCAGGUUCACCGGGCUCGAGUGGAAGCAGGAGAAUGGAAAUACAAGUUUGGUUAUGACAUCAUGGCGGACGUGUUGUGUCGCAGGCUGGCUGAUAUCUCGCAGGUCUACACGCAGAACGCUGAGAUGAGGCCUCUGGGCUGCUGUAUGAUCAUGAUAGCCAUGGACCCCCAGCAGGGUCCCGUCCUCUAUAAAUGUGACCCUGCAGGCUACUACUGUGGCUUCAGGGCCACAGCAGUCGGGGCCAAACAAACAGAGGCCAACGGCUACCUGGAGAAGAAACUGAAGAAGAAGCCUGAGCUGACACACGACAGGACUGUUCAGUUGGGUAUUUCGUGCCUGUCCUCCGUCCUGGCAGUCGACUUCAAGGCCACAGAGCUGGAGAUCGGCGUGGUCACCAAAGAAAAACCCAAGUUCAGGUUGCUGUCGGAGGAGGAGAUAGAAGCCCACCUGGUCGCCAUCGCAGAACGGGACUAAAGGACUAAAGGUUCCCUCACUCCCUCCAGACUGUGACUUGUCAUCAUAUUUCAUUUUUUAGUCCAAUUUAGCAAAAGUCUAAAAACAAAAGUUCACACCUGGUUGUCCAGGAAGGUCAGGCAUACACUAAAAAAAAAAAAAAAAAAUGAUAUUAAAGGGUUUUAUUUCUUUUGUGUCACCAGACAUUCCUAGUGGGCUCUUUGAAAAACUCUGUGUAAUAAUAAUGCAAUGUUUGAAUUCUGGCUAAUGAAAUCAUCUUUAACACAAGCAGCACAAUGCGCCUCCACACUGCAACAUAUUAAUACGUUUCUGAGUUCUGGUGUUUUUCUAUGACUGGAUCUAGUUUUUAUCACAAAGCGUAUUUAAUACUGUAAGUAGUUUAUAUCACCAACACGCCUUGUUGCUGUCUCCACACCUUCAAAGUUGCAAUAAAAAAUA